GGGGCCAGCGGCCGCGACAACAGCCUUGGCCGCGACCUCAACCGCAGUUUCCCGGAUCAGUUCAGUACCGGCGAGCCCCCCGCCCUGGAUGAGGUGCCCGAAGUGCGCGCCCUUAUUGACUGGAUCCGCAGGAACAAGUUUGUGCUUUCUGGAAAUCUGCAUGGUGGCUCAGUGGUAGCAAGUUAUCCUUUUGAUGAUUCUCCAGAACACAAGGCCACUGGAAUCUAUAGCAAAACCUCAGAUGAUGAAGUCUUUAAAUACUUGGCAAAAGCUUAUGCAUCAAACCACCCCAUAAUGAAAACUGGUGAGCCUCACUGUCCAGGAGAUGAAGACGAGACUUUCAAAGAUGGGAUCACGAAUGGCGCACAUUGGUAUGAUGUGGAAGGUGGUAUGCAAGAUUACAAUUAUGUAUGGGCCAACUGUUUUGAGAUCACACUAGAACUGUCUUGUUGCAAGUACCCACCUGCUUCACAACUUCGACAGGAAUGGGAAAACAACCGUGAGUCCUUGAUCACAUUGAUUGAAAAGGUUCACAUUGGAAUUAAAGGAUUUGUUAAAGAUUCAGUAACAGGAUCUGGUUUGGAGAAUGCAACUGUCUCAGUGGCUGGUAUUAAUCAUAAUAUCACAACAGGCAGAUUUGGUGAUUUCCACAGACUGCUUGUUCCUGGAACUUAUAAUCUUACUGUAGUUUUAACUGGGUAUAUGCCAUUGACAAUUAAUAAUGUAAUAGUGAAAGAAGGACCAGCCACAGAAGUGGAUUUUAACCUACGGCCAACUGUGGCUUCAGUAAUCCCUGACACUACUGAAGCUAUGGCAACUGCUAGCACAGUUGCUGUGCCUAAUAUUCCUCCUGGAACAUCAUCCUCCCACCAGCCAAUCCAGCCAAAGGAUUUUCACCACCACCAUUUCCCUGACAUGGAAAUCUUCUUGAGAAGGUUUGCCAAUGAAUAUCCUAACAUCACCCGGCUUUAUUCAUUGGGGAAAUCAGUAGAAUCAAGAGAACUUUAUGUGAUGGAGAUCUCUGAUAAUCCUGGUGUCCAUGAACCAGGUGAACCAGAAUUUAAGUACAUUGGAAAUAUGCAUGGAAAUGAAGUGGUUGGACGAGAACUGCUAUUGAACCUCAUUGAAUACCUUUGUAAGAACUUUGGAACAGACCCUGAAGUAACAGAUUUGGUUCGUAGCACUAGAAUUCACCUUAUGCCAUCCAUGAAUCCUGAUGGAUAUGAAAAGUCCCAAGAAGGAGACUCAGUAAGUGUAAUUGGCAGAAAUAACAGCAACAACUUUGACCUGAACCGAAAUUUCCCAGACCAGUUUGUUCAGAUCACUGAUCCCACCCAACCAGAAACUAUUGCUGUAAUGAGCUGGAUGAAGACCUAUCCAUUUGUACUGUCGGCAAACCUGCAUGGAGGUUCUUUGGUGGUUAACUACCCUUUUGAUGAUGAUGAACAAGGACUAGCCACAUACAGUAAAUCACCAGAUGAUGCUGUGUUUCAACAGAUAGCACUGUCUUAUUCCAAGGAAAAUUCCCAGAUGUUUCAAGGUAGACCUUGCAAGAAUAUGUACCCUAAUGAAUAUUUUCCUCAUGGAAUAACGAAUGGAGCUAAUUGGUAUAAUGUCCCAGGUGGUAUGCAGGACUGGAACUACUUACAAACAAAUUGCUUUGAAGUGACUAUUGAACUAGGUUGUAUAAAAUAUCCAUUUGAGAAAGAUCUGCCAAAAUUUUGGGAGCAGAAUCGAAGAUCUCUAAUCCAGUUUAUGAAACAGGUUCAUCAGGGUGUUAAAGGAUUUGUCCUAGAUGCCACAGAUGGCAGGGGCAUAUUGAAUGCUACCAUUAGUGUUGCUGAAAUUAAUCACCCUGUGACUACUUACAAAACUGGAGACUACUGGCGUCUCUUGGUUCCAGGAACUUAUAAAAUCACAGCAUCUGCUCGAGGGUAUAAUCCGGUGACCAAGAACGUGACUGUAAAGAGUGAAGGCGCUAUUCAGGUCAACUUCACACUUGUUCGCUCCUCAACAGAUGCAAACAGUGAAUCAAAGAAAGGAAAGGGAGAUAGCGCCAGCACUGAUGAUGCCAGUGAUCCAACUACUAAAGAAUUUGAAGCUUUAAUUAAAGACCUUUCAGCCGAGAAUGGUUUAGAAGGCCUCAUGUUAAAGUCCUCCUCUAAUCUGGCCCUUUAUCGAUACCAUUCGUACAAAGACUUAUCCGAGUUUCUGAGAGGACUUGUCAUGAACUACCCACAUAUUACAAAUCUUACCAAUUUGGGACAGAGCGCUGAAUAUCGUCACAUUUGGUCCCUUGAAAUCUCUAACAAGCCCAACGUGUCUGAGCCUGAGGAGCCAAAGAUUCGUUUUGUUGCUGGUAUCCAUGGAAAUGCUCCAGUUGGAACUGAACUGCUUUUGGCUCUGGCAGAAUUUCUCUGUCUGAACUACAAAAAGAACCCAGCUGUUACCCAAUUGGUUGACAGGACUAGGAUUGUGAUUGUCCCUUCUCUGAAUCCAGAUGGACGAGAGAGAGCACAAGAGAAAGACUGUACUUCAAAAAUAGGACAGACAAAUGCUCGUGGCAAAGACUUAGAUACAGAUUUCACAAAUAAUGCCUCCCAGCCCGAGACCAAAGCCAUCAUUGAAAAUUUGAUUCAAAAACAGGACUUCAGUCUUUCUGUUGCUUUAGAUGGUGGUUCUGUGCUGGUCACAUACCCAUAUGACAAGCCAGUACAGACAGUGGAAAACAAAGAGACUCUGAAGCAUUUGGCAUCUCUUUAUGCAAAUAAUCACCCAUCGAUGCACAUGGGUCAGCCCAGUUGCCCAAAUAAAUCAGAUGAAAAUAUUCCAGGAGGAGUAAUGCGUGGAGCAGAAUGGCACAGCCACUUGGGCAGUAUGAAGGACUAUAGUGUCACUUAUGGUCACUGUCCAGAAAUCACCGUGUACACAAGCUGCUGCUACUUUCCUACCGCAGCACAGCUCCCGUCCUUGUGGGCAGAAAACAAAAGAUCUCUUCUGAGCAUGUUGGUGGAGGUUCACAAGGGAGUUCAUGGACUUGUUAAAGAUAAGACUGGAAAGCCAAUCUCUAAAGCAGUCAUCGUACUUAAUGAGGGAAUAAAGGUACACACCAAAGAGGGAGGUUAUUUCCACGUGCUGCUAGCCCCUGGUGUCCACAACAUCAAUGCCAUUGCCGAUGGAUACCAGCAACAACAUUCACAGGUUUUUGUGCAUCACGAUGCAGCUAGUUCUGUGGUAAUAGUCUUUGACACAGACAACCGGAUAUUUGGUUUACCAAGGGAGCUUGUGGUAACUGUAUCAGGUGCCACCAUGUCAGCAUUGAUCCUAACAGCUUGCAUUAUUUGGUGCAUCUGUUCAAUCAAGUCCAACAGACACAAGGAUGGCUUUCAUCGGCUCAGGCAGCAUCAUGAUGAGUAUGAAGAUGAAAUUCGCAUGAUGUCAACUGGUUCUAAGAAGUCCCUCCUAAGCCAUGAGUUCCAGGAUGAAACAGACACUGAAGAGGAAACAUUAUAUUCUAGCAAACAUUGAGAAACACACUUUGCAAAUCUCCAAACAUAAAUACCAAGCAAAAUUACAGUUCCUCUUGGGAAACGCUAUGUUAAGAAGAGAUACUAUCUUGCUUCUUCAAAGAGCUUCGGGAAGUUAACUUGCAAAAUUUGUAUCCUCUGACUUCUGGCAGUUUUGGACUUCCCUUCCUUAAAGUACUCUUAAUCUUUAAAAAAAAAAAAAAAAAAAAAAAAAAGGUUUCUAUUUAUGCUGCAGAGAUGGGUCAGCCACUCUUUUUUUUCUUGUUAAUUUAAGAUGAGCUGUUUGGAACUUAUGUAAUAAUGGUGUAAAGCCAACUAGUAGAUGUUGUAUUUUGCACAUCAAGUGUUUACUAGUGGCUUCAGCUUUUUUUCCUUUAUUUUAAAUGGCCAAAAGAAUCCAGAAACAUUAAUGCAGGGACAGCAGUCAGAAUCUGACAUAAAGCUUUAAAAACUCAAGGUUUCCUCAACCUACUAAGGAGUACUUUUCUCUAGUUAUUAAAUAACUGGAGUUUCUCUUAUUCAGGUUUAAUGGAGGUUGGAUUGAUCUUUAAACAUUUAUAACAUUAGGAAAUGAAUAAAUGGGCUUCCGCGUUUGGCUUUCUGCCUGUUCCAAGGCUAGAUCAGAACUGCUGGGCUGUGCUCUAGGCAAGAUUUCACUACCUCUCUUGUAAGGCUUAGCAAAGUUCUAAACAUCCUCAUCAUAAGGGAGAAUUUUUUGACUGUUGUGACAGGUCUAAGUGUCCAGUUGAAUGGAGCUGAGAGGGAGAUCUAGCAGAAGCUAACUCACGUUGCCUAUCUCUUGGUGAAAACACACAGGUGCUGCUGCUUUUAUCUGUGAAGCACUAGUUUAGUCUAGGAAUGCCAAAUUCUUUAAUAUUUCCUAAAUUUGAACCUUUUUCUAUGUUGUACACUUAGGGCUUUCAGAUGACCCAGCCAUCUACAAGGUCCGAAUUCUACCGAAAAUAUCUGGAAGUGUGGAAGAGACUGACUUUCUUAACCUACAAUUGAACACAAAAUUAUACUUCGUGCUCCAGCCCAUGCCUACUCCCUGUACUGGCAUACUGUUACUGAAAUAGCUUGGCCGGUCUUGUUCACACAGGCCUCUGAAAGUGAUUGGGUUCUAUUGUUUCAUUUGACAGUCUUUUUGACCAACCAAUCUUGUUCAAAGUUCAGUUGAAAGCUUUUGAAUAUGGCUCCCUGCAUUUAAAAACAUGUAAACUGUGGACUGCCAUGUGAUAUAACAUUGUGGUGUGAAAGUGUCUUCCUCACUGCCGGUCGGGCAAAGACCUGAAAGAUUUGCUUUCUGUCGUGUCUGUCUUAUCCACGCUGUCCAGUGGAAAUGAUGCUUCUGUAAAUAUGAGUAUUACCAAUGAUCUAAUGGCUUAAUACCUUUGAAUGUGUUCAUGGCCAAGUUGCUGCUGAAUUUCUACUAAAUCAGGGGAUCCAAAAACUUGCUCUCAUCUUUUCAAGUUUUAGUCUCUAUCCAUCAAUGUAUUAGUCAUCCUAAAGCCUUUAUAUAGACUGGUUUAUCACCCUCUUGGGUCAUUCAGUCAGGUUUUGUGAGGAAUGCAUCCAAAGAGGCUUUAUAAAAAGAGAUUUCACGUAGAAGGAAUAAUCAGGUUGUGACAUUUGUUAAUACAUAUCUGCUAUAAAUUUGGGUGGUUCAAAGUUAAGCCAUUCUGGCAUUAAUCAUGGUAUUAGCAACUCUGAAUCAUGCCACCUCGCUCUCAUCCCACCGCAUACACAGAACAGAGCUUGUGGGAUGCUAACAGUAAGUGAAAUUUAUAUGAUUUAAAUUAUUCUAUUAAUCCUUUACAUUUUAUUUAAAGGGAUAAUAUGGUGUUAUUGCUAUUUUUUAGCUUUAUUUUUAACAGUGCAAAGUCAGAAAACCAACAAGGGGCCUACAAGUGGCCAGCCCUGCUUGGGAAAUAACAGCCAGGAAUGAAACAAAGUUGAUGUGACAGCUCUUGCUUUAUUAUUAGCAUUGGUCUUCUGGAGGCCAUGCCUUUUGAGAGUGUAUAGUGGGGGUUUUUUUGUUUUGUCUUUUUCUUUAGAAAUGAACAUAUAAAUAGUUCUUUUAGUAAUUGUUCCUGACAGGAAAACCAAAUUCUGCUAUAAAUCUUGAAUCUUUAAUGAAUUUCUAAAUAAUGCAUUUAGCUAGAAAACAAGGCCUUUUCAGCCCGGGUUACCUAUGAGCAUGAAUGUACAGGAUCCAUGACUACUAAGACUGUGUUCUCAGCCCUGCUCUGUCUUUGAUUUGUGGAUCUAAUCUAAUCUAAGACUGCAUUAACUGCUUACGGCAUUGAAGCCAUAUAAGAUGGGGAAUGCAUCCUUCAGUGUUGCCCCAGAGACUUUCCAUUUCCUUGGAGUCAUGGAGGCAAGUACGUAUCACAGUAUUGAGAAAUUUGCCCAAACCUGAGUUGUGCCUUUCUUUACUCACAAGGCAUGGCUUUUUGUCCUGGUGAUCAGUUUGUAAGCCUUCUUCUCUCCCAGCUCCUUAAUAAAAGCAACGUGAUUGAGUAGGAAAUGUUCCAAGUGUCUGCCUGUCUGAAUGUACUUGUCCUGAUUAUGGAAUUCAGUAAAAUAAGCCCAAUUAAUUUCAGAAGGAAAGACCCCUUGGUUUUGAUGUAUUUUGUAAAAACACUUGGCUAGGCCUAGAGUGGGGUCCUAUCCAGUUGAGGAAUGCUUGCUAUUCUCAUUAAUGAGAAGUUGCAUAGGGACUUCUGUCACUUUCUAGAAUGGAAACAUUGUGAUUUGGCCCAGUGUGACUGAUUGGUUCAUCUUUGGUAAUUUUCAUAUGAAUGAUAUUUGCUGAAUUGAUGAAUAUUGAACUUAAAAGUAAUUAUGAAUUGACAAAUAAAUAAAAGGCCGUGCUUAUGUCUGAGCUUACUGUGUUUCUGAGCUAACACCAGGUUACUCAGUUACCAUGACCUGUCCCUCCCCGACCCCCCAUUCAUUGAUUUCCAGCACUAAACAGUUUUUUCUGUUUGUGCCAGGUUUUGUCCCUGCUGUAUUAGAAGCUCCUUGGCUAUGAAUGCUGUAAUAGUGCCAUAUGUUAUGGUUCUCUGGUGGAAUUGUUCUAACAGUAGCAACCCAGCAUUUCCCUGCUGUUUUCAUUUUAUUGUUAUUACUGAAAAUUCCACUAUGGUUGAUUAAUGUUCACUGAUUUUUCUACCUAGCAAGCAACUUUUUGGGUAUCUGAUUUGUUUUAAUUAAUUCAGCUCCGGGGGUCCUUGAUUAAUGUCAGCUGAACUUGGAUUUCUAGUUAAUGAAGAAAUCUCUCCCAACCCCCCGUUUCUCCUAUUUUUAGCAAUAACUCCAUGAUUCCACUUGA